AUGAAGUCCCGGGAUAUUUCUAACAUGAACCUGGAGGUUGUUACAGCUAAGAUACUGUCUGGGUGGAGGACCCAUGAGAGCACUUUUGAAAAAGAUCCGGAUUCGUUUCAGUCCACCUCACCGGAGUCCUCCAUUGACUCCAUGUGCUCAUCGCCGGAGAUGUGUUACCCCAGCGGGCAUCAGGAGAUGAAGGACUUCUCUUUCGGCUUCACGGGACGCAGACAAACACCAGCAGCGCAGAGGCUGAGCAAACCCAAGAUGUCCACCAAAAGGCGCAUGAAGGCCAGUGAGAGGGAGAAGAUGCGCAUGAGGAGUCUUGCAGAGGCUCUGCACCAGCUCCGUGACUACCUGCCGCCGGACUACAGCAAGAGAGGCCAGCCCCUGACCAAGAUACAAACCCUCAAAUACACCAUUGAAUACAUUAACAAACUGUCAGACAUCCUGAGCCGCGCGUAACGGACGCACAUGGACCUUUUACGCACCGGCUUUCCUCUCAUCUGAACAUUUAAUGAGUUGGUUUUAUAUAUUUGAUGAGUGCGAUUUUUUAAAAAUUUCUCUUGUUUGCCCUUCUCUUGGUGUAAAUAUUGUGUAACGGGCACUUGGCAAUUAUUUUGUAUAUGAGGCUGCCUCUGACUUAGUUA